UCGGUCCCAGAGUCCCAUGCGGCUCAGUGUGUGCAGAAGUUGUUGGUGUCGUCUGCACGGUGUUGGUGUCUUCUCCCGCCGAUUCUUCAAGGUACUUAUUCCAGCCGUACAACUGACUCUACGUAAGCUGACCGAAAAUUGAACGUCGCAAACAAGAAAAGCUCAAGAUGAACUGGUCUCGGCGACUGUUGCGCCUCCUGGCGGCUAUCAUGGUACUGCAGACCUCUCGGGCAAAGCCAAGAGAGCAUUACAAAAAGGACGACUAUGUACUGCAAUGUGACGUCAAACCCAAGAACAAAACCGGGAUGGAGCGCGCCAUGCGGGAUAUGCCGAAAGUGCAGCUGGAGCUGCCACAGAGCGCGCAGGGCGACUAUCAGCACAUGCAGAAGAUGAUGGUCAAACAUCAGGAGAAACUCAUCGAGCAACAGAAGACUCUCAAUUUACAACAGGUCCGCCUGGAGGCGCGCCAAAAGAGCAUUGACCGUAAACAAUCGGAGCUGGUGCACAUGUUGGACCGCAUGUACAGUCUGGACGUGUGUCAGACAUGCUUCCAGAACGAGUACUGCGCCACGGACGUGGAGCCACCCAUCUGCCUGCCGUGCACCAUCUGUCCGCCAGGUUUUAUGGCGACGACGAUGUGCUCUCGAACAAAAGACGUUCAAUGCAUGGACGUCAACGAGUGCGACAUGAACGACGCCCCCUGUAACGCUCCCGGGAACUGCAUCAACACUGCAGGUGGAUACUUCUGCGUUAACGAAGUUGGCUCCUGCGGUUCCGGAUACUACCAUAACGUGUUGAACAUGCAGUGUGAGCCGUGUUCCCGUUGUAUGGAGGCUAACCACGUUCUCAAACCUUGUACGGCUUUUGAAGACGCUGUCUGCUCCCCUUCCCUUAUAAAACACGCUACUGACUUUUGGAGGGGACAUGUGAAAACAAACAUGGUGGAGGCACGUACCACGAGAUCGCCCGUAACCAUGGACCCCAGCCGGCUUCCUAUCGACGAAAUCACAAUCCCUACUGACACGUUUUUCGCGGCGGGCGACGGCGAUAGGAUCAUAUUCAAGAGGGAUGGAAUGAUAUGGGUUGACUACAACAUGGCGAUAAAACACACGUGUCCGACGUAUCUACAAAUAAGCGCCAUGGUGCAGGAUAAACUUGUGGGUUCUACUCGGUUCGAAGCGACGAAACGGGAUAUCUACAGCGCAGCUAGUUUUAGCGGUGCCGCGUUAGUAGAAGCGGGGCAAGAGAUGGUGCUAGCGCUAAGCAGCGCGUAUUGUCCGUCCAGUGUCUCCUACUUCGGCCGCCCGGACAUUCCCGACGACCCUGCCCCGAAGUUAACCGAAAUCGCGAAUCUGGAACUCGCGGGCCCGCUGAGCAUCCUGUACGCGUCAUACGACGCAGGCGCAGUAGUGUGGCGGGCGAGGACCCGACAGAACACGAACGCCGGAAAGUACCGAGUGGAGUACGAACAGCCCCGACUGUCGUCUGAUGGUUACGUCAUCUCGUUGCCGAGGCUGGACGAGGUUUUGUUUCAGGACGAGGGGAUCGUGAAGUUCUCAUUGGCUCAGGCAACUUUUUCGGCGGGUGAACCCUGCCGUACCAAGGGGUACACCAUCAACGUAAAACUCAUGAAAAACUCCGGCCUUCUUCGCACUAUUUCCCGCCAAUUCAAACGUGGACAGCCACACACGGACAUCCUGCUUCGCGCGUCGGGCGCCAUGUUGGUAUCCCAGGGCGACAGCCUGAUAUUCGACAUCGAAACGGACCCGCAGUGUCAGACGAGAUACGGUGACAACACGCCCGUGAGCGCGCUCAACAUCAUGUGGCUGCCCACGGACUACGCCUGUCUGAUGAUGGCGGAACUGCAGCGGGGCGUGCGGUGGUCAGGCGCGGGAACACGCAUCCUACAGUUCGGUGAGGUCCUCAACACCGAACCGGACUCCAUCAAGGCCUUCAGCAGCGGAUUCCUCCUCUUCCAAAAGGAGGGACGCGUCAGCCUUACGUACAGUCAGAAGCUGGUGCAUUCCUGCGACUACCUGAAAGUCACGGUGUUCUACAUUGCAGGAAUUCCACAGAAGCACACACCUGUGAUACAGACUGUUAUCGGGAACACGCAAGCCGCCUACGAAGGGUUACAACUCGUCGGGACCUUCAAUGUACAGAAAAACGCCAGAGUUUACCUGCAACUCACCUGCAGAAAAGGACGGUUGGACAACCUGGUCACCGGCAGCUUUGGUGCUCUCACUGUCGUCCUUUCUGAUCCAUAAAAAACUAUAGUAGUCCAGUAUAGAUACAUCAAGAUCUUGGUGUUUUCAGUAGACAGUGUUGAAGGAAAGCGAUGGCAGAAUAGCCUGGGUGCCAUU